UAAUCCCAAACGAGCACACAAACACAGCGGCGGGAGAGUUUGGCUACAGGAACUCGAGGUCGAGGAUUCUCGUACAACUCCAAAUGGAUAUUCAACACAAAUGAACACAACUGAGAUUAAAUGAAGCUGUAAUGGGUGACAGAACUCUACCUGACUGGAUGAACAACAAACCUCAUGAGGAAGAACACAGAUCAGGAGCCUAUAAGAAGAAUGAACUGGAAGAUCAUCUUCCUUAUCUGGAGUUUGGUGGAACAGUCAUAUACAGCCAGGAAAGACAUGACUGCUCAUUUCUGUCCGAAGAUUUGAGAUGUUGUCUGGCAUCAGGCUCCGCAGUGGGGUUUGACCUGGAAUGGCCGCCCAGUUUUACAAAAGGAAAGACAAAGAAAGUAGCUGUAGUGCAGCUGUGUGCAUCAGAGGAGAAAUGUUAUCUGUUCCACAUCUCCUGUAUGUCAGGAUUUCCUCCUGGCCUAAAGAUGUUUCUGGAAGAUGAGAACAUCAUGAAAGUUGGUGUGGGGAUUGAGGGAGACAAGUGGAAGCUUUUAUCUGAUUAUGACAUCAAACUUAAGAAUAUUGUUGAGCUGUCUGAUCUGGCAAAUGAAACGCUGAAAUGUAGUGAGAAGUGGAGUUUGGAUGGACUGGCGAAGCACUUGUUAAAGAAGCAGCUGUUUAAAGACAAACUCGUGCGCUGCAGUAACUGGGAUGAGUUUAAUCUGACAGAAGAGCAGAAGAGAUAUGCUGCCAUAGACGCUUACACUGGAUUGCUCAUUUAUCAGAAACUACAGGAAAUCACGAUGUCUGGACGCUCAGGAUGCUCAGCACAUGAUUUGAAGCAGAGAGUCUUUCAGAUUGCUGGUGAUCUUAAAGAACUUGCUAAUGGUAUUCAAGAUGAACUCAUCUGCACAGGCAGUGUUGUGAGUCUUGUAGAUGAUCUGUCUCACACUCUUGCAUCUCUAAGAUGCUUGUUGUUGAAUUGCAACAAAACAGCUGAAAAAUCAGUAGAAGAACAGCCAUCUUUAAAGCACAACCUCCAGGAUACUAAAACCAAGACAGAUCAUGAAGCACUUUCCACAUCAUCUGAGAAGCAGUGUGAGGAAGACUCCAGCAAAUGCACUGAUGUCCAUUCUGAGUGCCUGAUGUCUCUGGACAUCUCUGAAUAUGAGCUGCAGAUGAUGGAGCAGCAGGCCAGACAGGAGCAGCUGGAGGAGGAGUGCAUUCUCGCUUUCCAGACGCAGGAGAACUCUCAUGACGUUCAGAGUGAUGAGGAUCUUGAUGAUGAAAUGAUGAAGUUGGCUGAUGAUGUAGAGAGAUUAAAGGAUGGGGAUGAUCAUGAGAAACGUGUCCCUCAGUCUGCUAAUGAAGAUGAAGAUGAGGAGGUUGCGGAAGAUGAGGAUGAGGAGUUUGAUUCAAGUCUCCCACAACCAACUCCUGAACAAAUUAAAUGUCUGAAAAUGUAUUUUGGACAUCACAGCUUCAAACCCGUUCAGUGGAAAGUGAUUCAAUCUGUUCUUGCUGAGAGGAGGGAUAACCUGGUUGUCAUGGCAACUGGUUAUGGGAAGAGUUUGUGUUUUCAGUUUCCUCCAGUGUACUGUCAGAACAUCAGUGUGGUCAUCUCACCUCUCAUCGCUCUGAUGGAGGAUCAGGUGCUGCAGCUACAAAUGUCAAACAUUACUGCUUGUUUUCUUGGAUCUGCUCAGACCAGAAAUCUGUUUGAGGAGGUGAAGAGGGGUCAUUUCAGAGUGGUGUAUAUGACGCCUGAAUUCUGUUCGGGGAAUAUUCCUCUGCUAGUGCAGCUCAACAGGACACUCGGUCUGUCUCUGGUUGCUGUGGAUGAGGCUCAUUGUAUCUCUCAGUGGGGUCAUGAUUUCAGGAGUGCUUAUCGUGACCUGGGCAAACUCAAGAAAAACCUCCCUGGUGUUCCUAUUUUGGCGCUCACGGCCACGGCAAGUCCGUCUAUCCGUGAUGACAUCGUUAAGAGUCUUCACCUGAGCAAUACCAUCAUCACCUGCACCUCGUUUGACCGGCCCAACCUCUACCUGGAUGUCAAUCGCAAGAGCGGCGAUGUUAUGCAAGACAUCAAGCGAUUUCUCAUUAAAAAGAAAGGGGGUGAUUAUGAGUUUGAAGGAUCAGCUAUUGUGUACUGUCCCUCUAAGAAGGAGGCGGAGCGUGUGACAGCAGCUCUGUGCAAACUGGGCAUCACAUGUGGAGUUUAUCACGCUGGUCUGAGUAUCAAACAGAGGAGAGAGACACAGCACCAAUUCAUGAGAGAUGACAUUCAGUGUGUGGUGGCCACUGUGGCGUUCGGAAUGGGCAUUAAUAAAUCUGAUAUCAGGAAGGUGAUUCAUUAUGGAGCUCCUAAAGAGAUGGAGUCCUACUAUCAGGAGAUCGGCAGAGCUGGCAGAGACGGGCUGCCCAGUGCCUGUCAUGUCUUAUGGACGCCUAGUGAUAUGGCACUGAACCGAUUUCUUCUAAACCAAUCCAAAUGUGAGCGCUUCAGAGAUUACAGGAUGAAUAUGAUGUCUAAAAUGGAGAAGUAUCUGAAUUCUACCAAGUGCAGACGAAAGUUGAUUUUGUCUCAUUUUGAAGACAAGCGUCUGAGGAAAGUGACUGCUGGUAUUCUGGGCAGCAGUCAGUGUUGUGAUAACUGCAGAUCAGGUGUGAACAGGGAGAAUCCAGAGACGGUCCUGCAGGAUUUUGGCUUGUGCGCGUUUCAACUCAUGAAGGCGGUCAGCACCAUGGACGAGAGGUUUGGCAUCACAGCGCCUAUACUCUUCCUGAGGGGAUCUAAUUCCCAGCGGGUUCCGGAUCGCUUUCGGAAGCACACUCUCUUUGGCAUCGGGCGGGAAAUCCCAGAGUUGUGGUGGAAAGCUUUGGGCCGAGAACUUGUUUCUGAAAAAUAUCUGAUGGAAGCCACCGGUCACAACAAAUUCACCACACUCUGCAAACUCGCUCCCAAGGGCAGAUCAUGGCUGAUUAAAGCUGAAGAUCAGGCACAAAGAAAACUGCUGCUGCAGCCCAAUAAAGAACUGUUCAGCCGAGUGUCUGUACCACGGAGAAAGCCAGAUGCCUUGCAGAUUGAGCCUACUGCUUAUAGGAAGCAGUCAGAUCAGAGACCAAAGGUCAGUUUACCAGUUGAAACCCGUCAGAUGGUGGAGACAACAGAUUUAUCCUCUAGAUCAGCUGCCAAGUCGACCCGCAUUUCUGAUGCCAAACCCCAAACACCAGCGGUCUCUGCUAGAGAAAUCCAGCUACAGUCUGAGCUGUAUGGUAAACUGGUUUCUGAGCGUCAGAAGUUAGCGAGUCUGAAAGACAUCCCACCAGCUAUUCUAGCCACCAAUAAAAUCCUGCUGGACAUGGCAAAAAUAAGGCCGUGUACAGUAUCCAGUUUGAAACAGGUGGAUGGUGUGUCAGAAGCUAAAGCAGCCAUGUUAACACCUCUGAUUGACAUCAUUGUCAGAUUCUGUCAGACACACAGUUUACAGGUGGAUGUGUCCAGCUCUGCUCCACUUGUUCAAACACAGUUCUGCAGUGAUUUAGUUGGAGGGGUAGUGAGUCAGUCUCUACCAGAUAGUGUUUCCGUCUCAUACAGACUCUUCCAGAUGGAGCACAAGAGCAUGAGGCAGGUAGCAGAUGCUCGCUGUUUGCCCAUGGCAGUGGUGGAGUCUCACCUGUUACAGGCUCAGAAGAUGAACUGUCCUGUGGACACAGACAGAGCUGGACUCACAACACAUAUCUAUGACACCAUCAGAAACAUCAUUACUGCUCCUCCAAUCAGCACAGAUCUGAGUGAUUUUAAAGCGAUCCGUUAUCGCGUCCCUGAAGAUAUCAGCAACUUCUUGCUCAGACUGGCGUUAUCUAAACUCCAGAGAGAAGGGUUACCUGCUUCAUCCACAGCACACCAGGAGAUCAGCUGGAUAGAACCGCUGGGAAAACCAGUGAGUGCAGACAGACCUGCUGUUAACAGGAUGUUUGAAGAAUCACUGUGUGAAUCAGAUGUCAUGGACAAAAGUGAAGAUGAGCUUUUCCUUGAUCUUCCCAUGCCACAGGAUGAUGUUUGUCCGAAGUCAUUUGACCCGGCUCCUCAGAGCAGUGGAAUCAAUCUGGCCUCCUGGAAUCAAGAGGAUCUGGAUAAAGACACUCAAGAUCUCUUCAGUGAUUCACCUGUAAAGACUUGCAGUGUCAGUCAGCCUAUGAAGAGAAAACUACCUGACUGGGCUGAAGGACCAAACACCUCAGUAACUGCUGCUACUGUAAAGAAGACCAAAAAGAAGAAAGGACUUUUCAUUUGAAAUUGUUAUGUUUUACAAAUCCGUGUCAUGCACAUUGUGUAUUUAGAUAUUUUGUACAAUUUAAAAAAAUAAUUCUGUUAUUACCUAAUUCCAUUAGUGUUGCGGUAUUUGUAUCAACAAAAUAAAAGUGAAUAACAGUGGAACCAUAUAGAUACUGAUGUUAGUAGAACAACUUGUUUCUAAAAGCAUCUGUUUCAAUUCCUAGUGCCGGAGUUUUAUUCGAUUUUAACAGAAGGAACUUGCUCAACAUCAAAUCUUCAUUUUUCUUGCAAUCCACCAACUUGGAAGACUGAAAUUUCAUCGGGGGGGUUGGUAAAGCUUUGUCGUCUAUAAAACAUUGAAAGCUAAUUCCAUAUUUCCUAAAGUGUGAAUGUACAGGGAGAAUAUCAAAGGGCCCAAGCCUUGUGGCACACCAUACUUUACCUGUGUUGUAGAGCAGCUCAUAAUUUACUAAAAUACAGUGAAUGUCUGACAUCUAAACCAGGCUAACUGUAAUCCACAAAUGGCAACAAGGUUCAAGCCUGUUCAAAAGAAUGUUAUGAUAUUUUCCCAUAUUAUUCCUGUUAAUCUCAGUCUCAAUAAGUGCUCAGUUGUAUGUACUUUUAUAUCAGGCGAGGAAGUAUAUCAGAUCUUUAUCUUAGCAUUUUAUGGUUAGUCAAGCAGUGGGAUAAUUAGAUGCCAGUGACUGAGCAUUGUUCUGUAUUGAGAUAAUGAUGAUUCAAUGCUGCUGAAUUUCUCUUGUACCACUGUUCUGUUUUUUUGUUUUUUUAUAUGAUGUUUUUAUUUUGACAUUAAGGCAGCAUAGGACAAUACAAAAAGACAACGACAGGAAGGAGAAAAAAAAAAGGGUGAUUUUACAACAGUUGAAGUACAUCAAUUCCUCCAGUUUUAUAAUUUUUUUUUUUUUUUUUUUUUUUUUUAUAGUUUUAUACAUAUAUUUCUAGGCCAGUGGGCACAGGCAAUAUGGUGGCCAUGCAAACAA